CACCACACAAUGCAUGCUGAACAUUGUGCAGGGUGGAGAGGUUGUGGCGGUGGUGGUGGCGGUGGUGGCGGUGGUGGUGGUGGUGGUGGUGGUGGUGGUGGUGGUGGUGGUGGUGGUGGUGGUGGUGGUGGUGGUGGUGGUGGUGGUGGUGGUGGUGGUGGUGGUGGUGGUGGUGGUGGUGGUGGUGGUGGUGGUGGUGGUGGUGGUGGUGGUGGUGGUGGUGGUGGUGGUGGUGGUGGUGGUGGUGGUGGUGGUGGUGGUGGUGGUGGUGGUGGUGGUGGUGGUGGUGGUGGUGGUGGUGGAGAGGUUGUGGUUGUGGUGGUGGUGGUGAGAGAGGGUUGGUGUUGAUGGGAGGUGAUGUGAGGACAUGUCGGC